AUGUUGAGAAAAAUAUUAAAAAGGAAUCGGCUGAAACAGAACCUGCUUGGCAGAACGCCGGCAAAAAAGUUGGCCUCCAAAUCUGGCGUAUUGAGAAAUUUCAGAUUUCUUAAUCAUUAUUUGCCUCCUUCCUGUCACCUUUUUCCACCUCUCCCAUUCUUGUCUACUUUAUUCCCCCAGCUUCUCUCAUUCCUGUUCUCUUUACUCCUCCUUCUCUCUUUCUUGUUUUUAUUCACCCUCUCUUUCUUGUCCUCUUUAUUCUCCUCCUCUCUCUUUCUUGUCCUCUUUAUUCUCCUCCUCUCUCUUUCUUGUCCUCUUUAUUCUCCUCCUCUCUCUUUCUUGUCCUCUUUAUUCUCCUCCUCUCUCUUUCUUGUCCUCUUUAUUCUCCUCCUCUCUCUUUCUUGUCCCCUUUAUUCUCUCUCUUUCUUGUCCCCUUUAUUCUCUCUUUCUUGUCCCCUUUAUUCUCCUUCUCUCUCUUUCUUGUCCUCUUUUCUCCCCCUCUCCUCUCCUCUUUUUCUCUCGUCCUCCUUUUCUCUUCUCUCCCUUUCUCUUCUCUCUCUCGUGUUCUCUAUAUUUUCUUUCCUCUCUCUUCCUUCUGCCUCUCUCCUUAUUGCUUUCUUCCCCUACCCUGCAACUCUCCUUCUAGCCUUCAUAUUAUAA